UCACACUCUUUUUCCAACUGACUGUCGCCAUCUUGAGUACCUACCGGCUGGGCGGGGCCGUGGGCGGAGUGAGUACCAACCGUAACAACUGACAAGCUUGCUACAAUUUACAGCUUCGUACGGAUACAGUGUAGCUAAAUGGCUACAAACGGCAACAUUUCGCACCUCGACUGCCAUGAAAAGAAACGUUACUUUCAAAAAAUAUCCUCGUUAGGAUGUGAUCCCUACUCGAUACCUGAUACGUUCUUCCAGCCUCUGUCCGCUGCUACCGAACUACCAAUCCUGGCAUUCAAUGACAUAUAUAUUUACCUUAUACAUAAUCCGUCGCCAUACACUGGUGAAAGCCUCAAAGCGUACAAGAGUACCGAGGCAUAUCGGUACUUUGUUGCGGGCUGGGUCCUUGACUCGAAGAUAUGGCACCUUCACAACAAGAAGAUGUUUCUCGUGAAAGGAAAGGUGAACCACUCUCAGGCCGUCAACAUGACCCCCACACAACCAUGGAUCGUAGUCCAUGAUGAUGGGACAAUUUUAAUGGCCCACUGCACCUGCAAAGCGGGAUUGGGUGAAGCAUGCUCGCAUGCAGCUGCUCUCAUGUAUGCUGUCUUAGCAGCGGUAAAUCUUAAAGAUGGACUGUCCAGUACAGAGAUGCCCUGUGCCUGGGUUCUUCCGAGCAAAACUGGCAAGGUGCAGUACGAAGAAAUCUGCAACAUCUCAUUCAUGAAGAAGAAGACCGUAACAUACUCCCCACUACCCAGCAUUCCUGUCCCUACAGAAGAGGAGUUUAUGGACUUCUACCAAAAGCUGUAUGAAUGUGAUGUUCAGGAAGAAAGUAGUAAGGGGACUGCUAUCUUGUCUGUGAUCGAGGGCCACUCUCACAGAUACAAACCAAAGACCCUUCAACUGAAUUUGCCAGAACCACUUUCUAAAUUAUAUUCAAAGGCAAAGUUGCAUAAUGAUUUGUCGUCCUUACUAGUAGAGAGUGAAAGCAUCUUUGACAAUCUUCAGAUAACAGAGCAACAGAUGGGGACAUGUGAGUGAGCUAACAGCAAGGACACAGUACAUCACAGCAUUGCAAGAUCAUCACAUUGAUUUUCAAGUGCAGACAACAGGCCUAAUCAUCAACAAAUCACUGCCAUGGAUCG